AUGGAUGAUUGUGACCGCAUGUACGAGCCCGGUUCCAACGGUUUAGCACGUGUCCUAUCCUUACAGCACUCUUCUUCUCUGCUCAAGGCGAACGGGUACAAUGCGAUCCGGACGUCUCACAACCCUGUCUCUCGCGCGUUUGUCGACGCGUGCAAUCGUUUGGGCGUGCUGCUGAUGGAGGAGGCCUUCGACUGCUGGGACGCCGGCAAGAAUUCCGACGACUACCACCUCUUCUUUGAGGAUUGGUGGCAGCGCGACAUCGCCUCUAUGGUGCUCCGCGACCGGAACGCGCCCGCGAUCGUCUUCUGGAGCAUCGGCAACGAGAUCCCCAACCGCCACGUGGCGCGCGGCGCUGCGCUCUCCGCUGCCCUCUCCGAGUACAUCCGGCACCUCGAUGACGCUGGCGGAGGCAGCCGGAGAGCAAUCACGAGCGCGUACCCAGGCGUGGGGACCGACGCGGCCACCGCCGCCUUCCUCGCGCCCCUCGACGUGGCUGGCUACAACUACUCGCCACACGGGUUCGCACGCGACCACGUGACGCACCCGGCGCGCGUCAUCGCCGCCACGGAGACCUUCCCCGAGUCAAGCGUUCUCAACUUCAACGCGCUGCAAGACUAUCCGUGGGUCGUUGGCACCUUCAUCUGGACAGCCAUCGACUACAUUGGCGAGUCGUCGAUUGGCGCCAACGGCCACUCGCCGCCCGACCCCCUCGCCUGCGGCGGCUACUGCCCGGCUCCGUGGAGCUAUCACAUCUCCUUUUGCGGCGACCUCGACAUCGUGGGCGGCCAGAAGCCGCAGGCGUACCUGCGGCGUGUGCUGUGGAACGUCUCAGCGCUCGAGAUGGCCGUGAAGCCCGCCGACGACGGCGAGGUGAUCGCUUCGUGGGGCUUCCCCGACGAGCGCCAGAGCUGGAGCUGGGAGGAGCAAAAGCGGCUCAUGCGGGUCAACCUGUACUCGACGCGCUGCGCUUGCGUCCUCCUGGCGCUCAACGGCCGGAACGUGAGCGAGGGCUGCGUCAACGUCUCGCGCGCGACCGCGUACACGGCCACCGUCAGGGUCCCCUACGAGCCAGGCACGCUCGAGGCGACCGGCUUCGACGCGCGUGGCCGAGCAAUCGCGACCCGCACAUUCAAAACAUCCGGACCAGCGGCAAAGCUGCGUUUGGCCGCAGAUCGAACGACGAUCCGGCCGUCACGGGCGGACCUCAGCUACGUCACCGUUGAGGUGGUAGAUGCAGAUGGCGUGCUGGUCGCGUGCGCAAACGAGAGUUCACUUGCCGCGUGCGUCCCGCCCACCGUUCGCUUCAAGCUGGAGGGCGCUGGCGAAAUCACGGCUGUGGGCAGCGGCGACCCCACCGAUGCCUCGUCCUUCCAUCAGUUGGCCCGCAAGACGUUCCGCGGGCGAGCGACGGCGAUCAUUAGACCUGGGAGUCCCUCUGCGGCUCCACCCCGCUCGGGAAAACUGACGCUCACGGCGUCGAGCGCUGGUCUGGCGAGUGCCACGCUAACCAUCGAGCUACGAGGUGGAGAGGUGGUGAGCUGA